AUGUCCAUUAUACCCAUUAUGCCCAUUAUACCUAAUAUGCCCAUUAUGCCCAUUAUACCUAAUAUGCCCAUUAUGCCCGAUAUGUUCAUUAUGCCUAAUAUGCCCAUUAUACUUAAUAUGCCCUUUAUACCCAUUAUGUCCAUUACCCCCAUUAUGCUCAUUACGCCCAUUAUACCUAUUAUAUCCAUCAUGCCCAUUAUGCCUAAUAUGCCCAUUAUGCUCAUUAUGCUCAUUAUACCUAAUAUGCCCGUUAUAUCCAUUAUAUCCAUUAUGCCCAUUAUACCCAUUAUGACCAUUAUGCUCACUAAGCCUAAUAUGCCCAUUAAGCCUAAUAUGGCCAUCAAGCCUAAUAUGUCCAUUAAACCUAAUAUGCCCAUUAUGCCCAUUAUCCCCAUGAUAUGCAAUCUCUCAAAUGUAGAUGUGGCAAGAAUGAAUUUCUCGGGAAACGCUAAAACACAUCAAAUCGAAUAUUUCUGA